AUGUCUAGUACACUGAUUUAACCUAAGAUAGAUCCAUAUGAGGAAAUAAAGACAGGUAGUGAAGACUCUCUAUCUAUUCUGUAAAGUAUUAACUAUGAGAUCUUGCCAAACAAAGGGAGUUCAAGCCUGCAUCAAGACUAUUUAUUCAAAUUAAUCAUAAUCGGAAAUUCUGGCGUAGGAAAGUCUUGUCUAAUGCAUAGAGUGACGACUAAUGAGUUCAGUGAAGACCAUGAAGUCACAGUGGGAGUAGAAUUUGGAUCAUUGCUGGUUAAGAUGGAAGAUACCGUAUUUAAAUUGUAGAUUUGGGAUACUGCUGGUCAAGAGUCAUUUUAAUCUAUAACUAAGAUCUUUUAUAGAGGAGCUCAUGCAGUUCUCCUAACUUAUAGCAUUGCUAGCUUUGCCAGUUUUUCGAACCUAGAGCAUUGGUUUAAUGAAAUCAAAACCUAAAGUGAACCAGAUGCCAUAAUUAUACUAGUCGGAAACUAGUCUGAUAGAGAUAAUGAGAGAGAAGUUUCUUAUGAUUAGGGAGAAAAAUUCAAAAGAGACAAAGGCAUUGAGUUUUUCAUUGAGACAUCAGCUAAAACUAAUGAAAAUGUCUAAGAAGCAUUCAUUAUUGCAGCUAAAAUGCUGUUUAGAAAACAUCAAGAGAGAAUAUAAAAGGCAAAGGCAAAUCUAUUAGCUAAAGUAAAAGGCAAGAAACUUAGAAAAACAGAGAAAGACAAAAGCUAGAAUUCAAAGUGUGCCUGCUGA